UUGAUGGCUUUAAUUAUCAGGUAAAUAUUUAAAUUAUUUUUAAUUUGAGGCAUUAUAUGUCAUUGUGGUAGCUGUUAAGCUAUUUUGUCAAUAGUUCAGGAAAUAAACAAUUCACGUUUCAGUUUGUAGUGGUUUUGGUCAUUGUGUUAUAGAUGGUACAUGUUGCUCUAUGUGUCUAGAUGAGAUAACGUUAAAGAUGUGAUGGUCCAUACAAUGUACGUUCCAUAAAGGAGUGUACAUGGUCUACAACAAUGUUUAGGUAGGUGUCAAAGUAACAUCCACAUGAAUGCCAGGACCUAAGGUUUCCCAGCAGAACAUUGUGGAGAGCAUGACACUGCCUCCACCAGCUCACCUUUUUCCCAAAGUGCAUCCUGCUGCCAUCUCAUCCCUAAGUACACGUGCACAUACACCAAGCUGUCUACGUGAUGUAGAAGAAAACAUGAUUCAUCAAACCAGCUUAGUCUAUUGUUCAAAGGUCAGUGUCAGUCCAGUACUGUCAUGUGUCCAUUGGAAGCACUUCCAGAGGUAGACAGGGUUCAGUAAUUUGUGCUACAGUAGGCCAUCUAUGGGAUUAGACCCACAAGUCAGCCUUUGGUUCCCACACACACCAGCAAGUUGAUGCUGUUACUGGGUCACCAAUUGUCCCUCUUUGCAUCAUUUUUGUAAGUACUAACCGCUGCAUACCGGGAACACUCCACAAAACCUGUCGUUUUGAAGAUGCUUUGACACAGUCAUUUAGACAUCACAAUUUGGUCCUUGUCCCAGUUGCUUAGAUCCUUGCACUGCACAUUUUUCCUGCUUCCAACAUAACAACUUCAUAGACUGACUGUUCACUUGCUGCUUAAUGUAUCCCACACAUUGAAAGCUGCAGUUUAUUCACUACAUCCCUCAGUGGUUUUAAUGUUGUGGCUCGUUGUAUGUUACUGUAUUUAGAGCUAUGCUUUUUCUGACGUACUGUAUUGUUUUACCAUGUAGGGUUUGGCAACUUGUGUUGCUUCUCUUCCCUUCCACUGUGACUGCAGAAGAGUCUUCACUGCUGGACGGCUGGCACGAUGUCUGGCUCUUCCGAUUCCUCAUCAACAUGCUGGGAUACUCCACCAUCAUCAUCCCUGGCUACCUCCUCAUUAGCUACUUCAAACGUACCAAUUACAUAGAAACAGGUAGUGGGAUUUGUUAUCCUGUCAUAAAGACCUGUGUGUUUGGGGGUGAGGCCAAGACUGGUCUGUCGGAAGAUGUGUCCAUUGGAAGCAGAAAUGAGGGUGAUUCUGGCUCAUCAGUCAGACAGGCUAUCAAGUUAGUCUUUUGUGCCGCUGGACUUCAGGUAUCAUACCUGACCUGGGGAGUCCUGCAGGAGAGGGUGAUGACUCGUUCCUAUGGAGCCCUGACCACAGAGGAUGAGGGUGAGAGAUUCAAGGACUCGCAGUUCUUGGUCUUCAUGAACCGUAUCUUGGCUCUGACUGUGUCUGGCCUCUGGUGCAUCCUGUUCAAGCAGCCACGCCAUGGAGCACCCAUGUACAAGUACUCUUUUGCUUCGCUCUCCAACAUCCUGAGCAGCUGGUGCCAGUAUGAGGCCCUCAAGUACAUCAGCUUCCCCACUCAAGUCCUGGCCAAGGCCUCCAAGGUUAUUCCUGUCAUGCUCAUGGGCAAGAUUGUCUCCCACAAAAGCUACGAAUACUGGGAGUAUUUCACUGCUGUGCUGAUCUCGGUUGGUGUCAGUAUGUUUCUGCUCUCCAGUACGGCCAGCAAGCACCCAUCCACCGUCACCACCUUCAGCGGGAUUGUCAUCCUCAUUGGCUACAUUGUCUUCGACAGCUUCACCUCCAACUGGCAGGACAAUCUGUUUAAGUACAAGAUGUCAUCCGUGCAGAUGAUGUUUGGGGUUAACCUGUUUUCCUGCCUCUUCACUGUUGGUUCGCUGCUCGAGCAGGGUGCAUUCUUCGACUCUCUGGCCUUCAUGACGCGCCACUCUGAGUUUGCCUUUCAUGCCGUGUUGCUGUCUGUGUGUUCGGCAUGCGGUCAGCUCUUCAUUUUCUACACCAUCAACCAGUUUGGUGCUGCCGUCUUCACCAUCAUUAUGACCCUGCGGCAGGCCAUUGCUAUUCUCCUUUCUUGUUUCCUUUAUGGUCAUGCCGUCACCUUAGUAGGUGGCUUUGGCGUUGCUGUAGUUUUCCUGGCACUUUUCCUACGAGUGUAUGCACGUAGCCGCAUGAAGUCAGGCCGGCGGUCAGCACAGCCGCUCACACAGAAGGUGUAGCACUCCAAAGUCGCACUAAACUGAGAACUAAGACCACGUUUUCUGUGGUGCUAUUUGUCUAUUUGUGUGUAUCUAUUUUUGUUACUGUUCUUUUCCAUUGGUUUUUGUUUUUUUUUUAGCAACGGUACAGAAAGGGAUUCUUUAGUUUUGACUCUUACACCAAGAUGUCCUCAAGGGAUCCAUGUGAUAUGUCAGGUCACAGAAGUUUUGAGUGCCUGUAAGAUUGUUUAAUACAGAAGCCCCAAAAUGCAAACUGCCUCUUAAGCCCUUUCACAGUUUAACAGUAGAAUAUUUUUCUUAAACCACCAUAUGUGGCAUGUGCAGCCAGUUUAAAGUUAUUGUGACCCUGACAAAUGUAUGUAAGCUGUAUGGCUAAGCAUUAUUUUUCAAGCGGUGACACUGUCCCUUAUUCUACUUUAUCCAAGCUGUUUCAACUCGGUGGUCACCUUCCAUAAUGACACUGUCUGUUGAUUUAGCUUUCAGUCACAAUAGCCAGACAUUUAUCUCACAACCCUCAGUGUUGGAGAUAAGGGGCCUUUAUAUGUCUUGAAGCUGUUAAUAUAGUGUGAACAUGUAGUGCAUACAUUUCUGUUACAUUUACGAUACGUUAACAUGUUCCAGCGGCGACCAUGACUUUAGUUGGGGUAAAAUACAUUUUGCAUAAUAAAAGUCACACUAUUUACAAAUUGUAUAGUUUUCCCCUAACGUCACUGAAACGAAUGCUGCUGUGGAUUAUUUUUCACCGUAAUACUUCAGAAAUCUUUUUCACAGAUUUUAGUUAAUGUUUUAAAGUUUUGGCUAAAACAAUGCGUAAAUAUAUCUCUUAAAGGUGGAGUAUGCAAUUGUAAACCAGUACGCUUUUGUUAAAUUCCAUGGAUAGCUCCGCCAUCAUUCAGUGUAUUUACUAAAAACAUCCAGUUUUCGUAUACAGCCCUCAGUCUGUCAAGGGGAAACAAAGUGGUUCAGACUGAUCAAGACAACAGUUUUCUGUCGCAUGGUAACUAUUACAAUGUCAACCAUCUUUUUUCAGAAUUGCAGGCUCCACCUUUAGGUCACUGUUUAUUUCCAAGCAACAUGUCUGUUGUAUACUUUUGUAAAAGGACUGCUUCAUGUGAUUCAUGUUCAGAAGAAAACUGAAUGGAUGAUAUUGAUGCCUCAUUGCUGUUACAAGGAUGUGAAAUUGCUAUUUUCAGAACAGAAUGCAUACAAGGGACAUGCAAUGUUACUAGUACCUUGUUUAUAUCAUUCUCUUUCCUCUGGUAACUGGAUUAAUAAUAAAACCUAUUAAAAUAACUUAACACUA